AUGGUAACCUGGCAAACACACAAAAGAUUUAACGUAUUCUGCGAUAUGGACACUGAUGGUGGUGGAUGGACAGUGUUUCAAUACCGGUUUAAUGGCAGUGUGGAUUUUUACAAGAGCCUUCACAACUACGAGGCUGGAUUUGGAUCGCUUCAUGGAGAGUUUUGGCUAAGUUUGCGGUAUCUGGCUGAACAGACAUCUCGUCGUCACAAUAACACGCUACAUAUCGACCUGGAAUCCGCCAAUGGAACGAGGGGGUAUGACGUGUACGAGGGAUUUAGCAUCGGACGUCCAAGAACUUAUGCGCUAAAUGUGGGCCAAAGGAUCGACUCGUUAAACUUGAACCAACCUGGCAGUCUAUACCCAUACCACAACGGUAUGUUAUUUUCGACGUUCGACCAUGACCACGACCAUUGGCAUUACAGCAACUGUGCCGUCUUGGAACACGGUGCGUGGUGGUACAAUGAUUGUUACUAUGCAAACUUAAAUGGACAAUACGACGUUCCUGGUACCCACAAUCCCUUAGGGAUGACGUAUGAUGCAUUUAUGGGAACUGUAAGCUUAAAAGAAAGUAAGAUGAUGUUUAGAUAGAUCUAACACGUUGGCGCAACUAAAACACGAAAAUGGUUUUCAUGUAUAUUAUACUACCGUUCAAUAAACUAUUAAUCGGUU